GGUCAGUCCUGAUUGCUCUUUCAAACGAGUCAAAUUAGCCAGGUCAGGAACAAUAAAGACCCCCACAGAGCAUUAUGAAGGCAUGAGAAGUCAGUUCAUGCGCAUCAGAUAAAGCGAGGGAACGUAUCCGUUCUUCUCCAUGGUGUGCUUUUCCACUUAAUUAAAAGUAAUUAGUACUUCAGGCAGAAAUAGUGAUGAUGAGCAGUACUUUGUACUAAUUACUUAGCUCACUGUCGCAUAUUAAAGCUUUGUCUUGCUUUUUUUUUUCUCUUUGAAAGGCUCUGUGGCCUCGCACAACAAUCAGAGCCAGACUCAUUAAUAAACACCAUUAAUUACCACAAUGAAUAACAUGUUCACAUUUCCGGAACGAAUGGCAGGAAUGAAUUACACAGAUGCCAUACCCCCUUCUAUUUAAUUUCCAUUUGGAAAACUGAUUAGAUGAUAAGAUGAGCAUCACAAAUUCUACAUAGUAAAGUCUAAAUAAUCUUUUUGUUUUGCUUGGGGAAAAAAACUGGUUCUUGGUACAACACUGCCUCCUGGUGGCCCUUUCCGUGCCACAGAGAAGGAUUUGUUAUGGAGAAAUAAUCAACAACCAAGUCCAAGUGUGAUGAAGGUGUAGUGAUGAGUGACUGUUCCAGCCCAUCGAUGAUUAUUUUCCUAUAAUCACACAACCUGAAGGAAUUUGGUCCUUAUAUGAUAGAAAUUACGCAAUUACAUUUUUAUUACUUAUUAAAUGAUGCCACUUUUUAUCCUUUUACAGUUACAUUUAAUUUGUGUGUUGUGGAACGAUUCCAAGUGAUUAGUUCACCUUUUCCCAAGCAUUCCCUUACCAGCCCUUGUCUUUCUCUAUAUUUAGUUAUAUAAGUUAAAAUAAGUCUUGCUUGAACGUAAAAUCUAAUAUUUUAUGGAAGGUCCUGAAAAAUGUUCUCGAAAGAUCUGCAUUGGGUUGAGUAGUGCGCCCUCUGUUGCAUGUCAUUGUUCAUAACAUGCAAGUCAAUUUCAUUGAUUUAAAAAAAAAAAAAAAAAAGAAUCUGAAAUUUGAAGCAUAAUUGGAAUUUACCUACAAAACUAGGCUUACAUUCUGGUGACAAUUCUUCUGUGACACAAAUGCAAUCCCGCCCUGCAUUUCUGUUAGAAAGUCUUUAAGGUAUUUCUUCUAGAAAUGGUAUCCAUUAACAAGAAGAAUAAAGUGAGGAUUCAGUGUUGGGUUUUAUAGAGAGAAUUAUAGCAAGGCUCACUCAUCUGAGUGCACAAUAUUUUUAGCUGCAACCUCAGAGGCCCAGGGGGUGGUGGUGGUGGUGUUCAGAGGCUUUGAGAUUACACACAACUAGUAGGAGUGCUAAAUAUAUCCAGGGUCAACAUAUGAUCACACAUGCGUAAAUAUACAGGCAUACAUCAGGCACCUCAGCUGACAGACAAAAGAGCAACUAAAAAAGCUAAUUCAUUGUUGUUCUCACAGCUGCUAACUGGCCCUUCCUCUUGAACUUCUUGGAUAAUUCUCAAGCGAACAGUGACAAAAGAAAUAACAUCAUGGCAGAAAAUACUAAUUAAAAACCAAGACCCUGAUAGGAUACAGCACUGAUGGGACUAUUAGAUAAGCCUGUGGGGCUGUCCAGCCCUGAUCCGUUGGUCCGAGAGGCCUACCUGAUGGCCUACGACUAUAUUAACUAUGUAACAGCCAAACCGGACACUCCUCUCGGCCCGGCACCGUCUCAAGCCUCAGAAGCACUGCGGCACGCUGGAGACGAGCUCCUUCAACGCUUCCCAAUCUUCUUUCGUCGCUGGCCACGCGUCUUCCGAGACGUGACAGAGGACACAGCAUGUUCUACACUGCUGUCCAUCCUGGAUGAGCACUUCUCUCAGACGAGGCGCGGGGACCUGGCCUGGAGCGCCGUGCUAUCUGUGUUUGUGCUUGCUGGUCAGAUGGCACUACACUGCAAACAAAGGGGCAUGAACAGUGUUCUCCCACAGCUCCAGCAGUCUGUAGGCAGCUUUGUUGAAAGAGUCAUCUGCCCUGAGAUCAGGGACAAAGGUGGAUGGGUUUUGUGGUACGCUUUGGGGAGAAGCAGACUCUGGAGGGCCAGGUAAAGAAGAUGUGCUGCUGGAGUUUGCUAAUACUGAGCUUGGGGAUCCUCACCUACUUCCUGUGGAAAAGAAGAAUAUUUUAGCCUAA